ACAGGGACGGUACUGGGCAGUGUUGUGGUGUUUUAAUAAGCCCACUUGUCUUGGCAAUAUUUCUUGUAUUGCUACCAUAUUGUCUUUAAAAUAGCACGGUUUUAUGGAUCUGUGAGCUUUAUUAUUCUCAUUGUGUAUUUCUUUUAGGAAAGACGAGGCAGAUCUGACAGUAGUAUUUAUAUUAGCAAAUAUUGUCGUAAUUCUCACUGACCGUAGAUAAAAAUUGAAAAUUCUACCCCCUUUGGACAAUGUACCUCCUGUACCUAAUAAUGUGGCCACUGAGUGCACGUCCGGGUUCUGUUGCUGUUGCCCGUCCGCUUCAAUACUGACCACUACGCCACUGGGCUGCUACGUUUAUCAACCUUAGGUUGUUUUCGCUGAGUUCGUAGAAUUAGAGGUAACACGACUUUGUCCUCGGGUACUGGACGAAUCGAUGAAUUUGACUGUAUUCGCUGUUAUUAGAUAAAGACGGGGAAUUGAUCGUAUUCUCUGUUACUUAAACUGGGAAGAGUUUAGAGAAGAUUUCCGAUGCUGUUGCCAAGACUAAAGGCCUGAGAAUGAGCAGUGACUUUACAGAAAUAUUUACAAUUAUGAAAGUCAGAAAUCAGGUCAGUGUUAAGCCUUUUCCUCAGUGCAGGGGAGACCAAGACCAGGGAAAAUGACUUUGUAAGUGAGGAGAAGUUUUAAAAGGGACAUGAGCAGUAACGUUUUCAUGCAGAGGUUCCUGAUUAUUUGCACUGCGCUGCCAAAGGAAAUGAAUGAGGCAAGUACAAGAUUAUCAUUGGACACUGUACAUCAUUAAAGACCCCUCACACCCUCUCCAUGAACUGUUUGUUCUUCUGCCAUCAGGCAAACGUUACAGAAGCAUCAAAACUAAAACCACAAGGCUACUAAACAGCUUCCUCCCACAGGCAGUCAGACUGCUAAAUAGCUGCUCUACCUGACUCUGCUUUGGACACUUUUAACUUGCACUGGACACUUAUAACUGAUUUUAACUGACAUGUGUCUGUUGUGUUUUACUAUUUAUUGUUUUGUUUAUUAUUUAGUGUUGCAUUUGUUAUGUUAUGAUCACACUGCCCCUGAGAAACGCUGUCUCAUUCUGCCCUGCAGAGCUGAUAUAUGGUUAGAAUGACAAUAAAGUUUUUUGAAUCUUGAAUCUUAAGGAGCAGUUGUGAUGGGUGGAUGGAGUGAAGGGGCCUGGAUGGAUAUUGACCCAUCACAGGAAAUCGGGACCAUCUCUGUAGGCAGUGUGUUCGGCAUGAAUUCGUCGGGCCGAACGGUUUGUAUCCAUGCUGUAUUGCUCUGUGACUCUAUCUGUGUGAUGCACCAGAUAUUACUGAACAGACAUACAGACGUGGUGUGGAAGUUGAUGUUAACGGAGAAUGUUUGGUCCCUAAGCCAACUGCUGCUGUGAUACAGGGGAGGGAGAUACUGUCAUAUUUACACAUUCAUCAUAAUCUCUCUGACUCAUUGUCUCUUUGUGUGUAAUGCAGAGCAUCACCAGCAGGUGGAGCUUUCCUAAACCGAGACUAAAGUUUCAACAAGAAGACACAGUCAUCAGUCGUCAGUCACAAUCAUAAUGGACACAGAUCUGAAUUCCUCAAUCUCCGCCUUCCUGUCAAAUUGUGACGAUCACAAACUGUACCAGUUGACGAGGUUCUACAUGGAGCGACUGGAGCAGGCGGUUGAAGAGGGUGUGGAGGAACUCGGCCUCAUGUUAACAGGCGAGGAUCACUUCACUGGGCAAGAGUAUCAUAGCGUGACUGAGCUGGCGGAGAAGGGAAACCGAGCGGGCGCUUCCAAACUCCUCCUGGAUCUGGUGAUGGAGAAGGGCUCCGGGGCCCGGAGGGUGAUGUGGGAAUCCUUUGUGAAACUACACCACCAUUUACUGAAGCUGAGCAGAAUAUUGGAUGAAAUACGGGAACGUGGUGACGGCCAGUUCGCCUACAUGGACACUGAGCGGGGUUUAUCUGAAGUGCCCGCGCAUCUGAAAGCUGUUCGAAGGAAACACAAGGAGACUCUGCGGACACAGACUGAAACACUGAGAGUGAACAUGAUUCUGAUGAGGGAGAAGGUGAAGGUUUUCCAGCUGGUUGAUCGAUACGCUGAGCUCACGGUCAUUUCUACUGUUCAAGAUCGGACACUGGUGGAACAUGAGCUGCUGGCAAGAGGCAGAGACCACGAGGAGUGGAGAGAAAAAUACCUCCGCGGAGAGCUGGAAAAAAUCCGGACUGAUCAAUUAUUUAAGAGGAGUUUUCUGCAAGAAUUUAAAAGAUUUGUCUUUGGAAACAAAACAGGCAUGUCCGCAGCAGUGGCCGGAGUCCCGGGAAUCGGGAAAACAACAAUGAUACAAAAGAUUGUUUAUGACUGGGCCACGGGGAAAAUAUACCGACAGUUCCAGUUUGUCUUCAGUUUCAAAUUCCGGGAUUUAAACCCCAUUAACUGUAGAAUAAACCUGAGGGAACUGAUUCUGCAUCAGUAUCCUUACUUUGGGAAUUCCCUGAGAGAGAUCUGGAAGAACCCAAAGGGAUUGCUGUUUAUAUUCGAUGGUUUGGAUGAAUUCAAACACAACAUCGAUUUUGCUGACAGUCGGAGAGACACAGAACCCAAGCACCAGUGCCCAGAUCCCGAGUGGUGGUGUAAAGUGUCUGACAUUGUGUACAGUUUAAUCCAGGGCAAGCUGCUCCCAGGGUGUUCAGUGCUGGUGACCACCCGUCCCACUGCGUUACAUUUAUUGGAAAAGGCGAAGAUCAGUGUCUGGGCUGAAAUCCUGGGAUUUGUUGGUGAGGAAUGGAAGGAAUAUUUCAUCAGGCAUUUUGAAGAUCAGACAGUGGCAGCAGCUGUUUUCAAACACGUGAAGGAGAACGAGAUCCUGCACACCAUGAGCUACAACCCCUCCUACUGCUGGAUCCUCGCUCUGGCACUGGGCCCCUUCUUCACACAAAGAGUCAGGGACCCGCAGCGAGUUCCCAAGACCAUCACCCAACUGUACUCCUACUAUAUUUACAACAUCCUGAAAAACCACGGCCGUGAGAUUGAGAACCCCCGUGAUGUGUUACUCAGGGUUGGUCGGAUGGCCUUCAGAGGAUUGUCCGAGAAGAAGAUUGUGUUUACAGAUGGAGAUUUGAUCAAGUACAAUCUGCAGCCUUCCCAGUUCCUGUCCGGGUUCCUGAUGGACCUUUUGGAGAGAGAGGAUUCUGCCCGGAGCGUGAUGUACACAUUCCCACACCUCACCAUCCAAGAGUUUGUAGCUGCAGUCGCACAAUUCCUGAAUCCACAUCCCGGGGAUAUCCUGAAAUUCCUCACUGAAGCCCACAACACGUCAGAUGGGCGAUUUGGGGUAUUUCUCCGUUUUGUUGCUGGUCUCUCCAACCCAAUGACAGCUCGGGGCCUAGAGGAGUUUCUGGGUCCAUUUCCUCAUCAAACAACCUGCCGGGUGAUUGACUGGGUGAAGGAGGAGGUUAAACGCCAGAGUGGAAACACGAGGAGUGAUGCUGGUAAAAAGAGCCGCCUGAACACAUUUCACUACCUGUUUGAGUCUCAGAAUCGUGGACUGGCUCAGGCUGUACUGAGACCUGUGGAAAUACUUUCAUUCAGUGGAAUAACGCUCACCCCGAUUGACUGCGCAGUCCUGUCUCAUGUCAUCGGACUCUGUGAUACAAUAAAACACCUCGAUCUGUGGAAAUGCCACAUUCAGUGUGAAGGAAUCCAGCGGCUGGGACCCGGGCUGCACAAGUGCCAGAAGUUGAGGUGCCUUGGGGCGAAUGAACUGGGAGAUUCAGGAGUGAAACUGGUGUCUGCCGCUCUGAGGAACCCGGAGUGUAAAAUACAGAAACUGUGGCUGGGCAAAGUCGGUCUCACAGAUUCUGGUGCCGAGGAUCUUUUCUCCGCUCUCAGUACAAACCCAUCGCUGACGGAGCUGCAGCUGGACUUAAACUCGCUGACAGACCGAUCUGUCCCCGCUCUCCGCCGCCUCAUACUGACCCUCCCGAGUCUGGAGUGGAUCUGGCUGUGGAGCAAUCAGUUCAGUGAGACCGGGAGGAAGGAACUGGGAUCUCUGGAGGAACUCAGACCUGGACUGGCAGUGAUCCUGAACAUCUGAAUGUGUGAACAUCCCCGCCAGCAAUGGAACCCGCCACUGCAGCCCCACAGUGAACUAUGUACUGACUGCCUCCCCUCCCCCAGUUCCACUCUUUCUGCGUCACUAGCAGACUGGGACAUCUCACAUCUUGCUCCCUCCGCCAGGCCAUUAAGCUGUCAACAACCGUGGUCAGGAACUGAUCUCUGGGGUACUCCAAACCCUGCCUCCUUCCACUCUGAAAACUACCCACAUAUCCAGCCACACAGUACCGACAGAUUAUCAAUCUCCAACGAGAGAGCCUAAUCACCUACUGCUGAAGUUCAAUACCAUUGCUGCCUCCAAGUUUACCACCAUCAGACGCCAGGAGGGACAUAAUAAUCAGAAAGUCUCCAGUCACAGCCGUGUAAAUAAAAUGUGAUCUCAGUGGGUGUGUGGCGCAUGCUCAGAAUGCGAAGGAAACAGACAAACUGAGCCAAGUCACAGACUGACGAAGGGGAGGAAUGAUCCAUUUUGAUACAGAGAGGGAAGCAGAGAGUUUGAUAUUGUGCCUGAUCCCGGAACUGUAGCCAGUUAGCCAAUCAGCCACUGCUUCAUCCAUGCAAGAAUCUUUCCUGUAAUAUCAUGGGCUCAUAACUUGGUAAACAGCCUCAUGUGUGGCACCUUGUCAAGGACCUUCUGAAACUUCAGGUGCACAGCAUCAACCGAUUCUCCUUUGUCCAUCUUGCUUGUUACUUCUUCAAAGAAUUCAAAGACUUUCAACAUACUUGUCAGGCAAGAUUUUCCCUUGAAGAAACCAUGCUGAAAAUGACCGAAAAUACCCUGAAAACACAUCCUCAAUAUCUGACUCCAAUAUCUUCCCAAAGAGUGAAGUGAGACUAACUGGUCUAUAAGUUCUGUUCAUCUAGCUCCCUCCCUUCUUGAAGAGUGGAGUGAUAAUUCCAAAUUUUCAGUCGUACGGAACCAUUCCAGAUUCAAUUGAUUAUUGAAGCAUCAUUACUAAUCCCUCCACAAUUUCUUCAGUCACCUCUUUGAGAACUCUGGGAUGUACACUAUGUGGUCCAGGUGGCCUAUUUACCUUCAGACUUUUCUGUUUCCCAAGAACCUGCUCGCGAGUAAUGUACUAUAAAUAUUUCUGACCACUGACAUCUGAACUUCCACCAUCCUGCUGGUGUCUUCCAUAGUGAAGACUGAUAUAAAACACCUACUCAAUUCAUCCGCCAGCUCCUUGCCUCUAUUACCACCUCUCCAGCAUCGUUUUCCAUUGGUCCGAUAUGUACCCUCACCUCUCCUUUAUACUUUAUGCAUCUAAAGAAACAUUUAGUAUCCUCUUUAUUGGCGAGCUUACCUUUGUAUUCCAUAUUAUUCCUUCUUAAUUAUUUUUUUUUAAGUUUCCUUCUGUUGUUUUUUAAAAGCUUCCCAAUCCUCUGACUUCCCACCAUUUUUGCUCCGUUAUAUGCCUCCUCUUUGGUGUCCAUGUUGGCUUUGCCUUCCUAUUAGCCACAGUUGUAUCAUCUUGCCUUUGGAAUACUUCUUCCUCUUUAGUACUUAUAUAUCCCGUGCCUUCCGAAUUACUUACUGAAAUUCCAGCCAUUCUGUCGUCAUCCAUUCCAGUGUUCUUUCCUUAUCAAUUUAGGCCAAUUCUUCUCUCAUGCCUCUGUAAUUCUCUUUAUUCUACGGUUAUACUGACACAUUUCAUGUUAGCUUCUCCUUCUCGCACUUCAGGGUGAAUUCCAUUAUAUUAAGAUCACUUCCCCCUCUGGGUUCUUUUGCCUUAAGUGCUCUAAAUAACUCCUAUUCAUUGCACAACACCCAAUCGAGAAUAGCUGAUCCCCAGCUAGGCUCAACCAGGAGCUACUGUAAUAAGCCAUCUUAUGGGUAUUCUAGGAAAUCCCCCUCUUGGGAUCCAGCACCUACCUGAUUUUCCCAAUAUAUCUGCAUGACUAUCUCCCAUGAAUACUGUAAUAUUGCUGUUUUGGCAUGCAUUUUCCUUCUCCCAUUGUAAUUUGUGGAAGAUAUACAUACUACUGUUUGGGGUCUCUAUAAAACUCCCAUCACUGUCUUUUCACUCUUGCUACUCCGUUGUUCUCGCCACAUUGACUCAACACCUUCCGACUCUUUCUAAUGAUUUGAUUUUAUUUUUUAUCAACAGAACCAUACAACCUUCUCUGCCUACCUGUGUGUCCUAUUCAAGAAACAUACGAGUAUAUGGGACACAAGAGACCCUGCAGAUGCUGGGAAUCUACAGCAAAACACACAAUGCUCUGUAGGAGAUCAGCAGGUCAGGCAGCAUCUAUGGUUGGGAAUUAACGUUAUGGGCCAAGACCCUUCAUCAGAACUCUUGAUACCCAGGUAUCUGGAAUAUCAACAAGCAGAGAAAAUAGAUGCCAAAACAGCAAACUGUGAAAAAGGGAAAACAUGACAAAAUUUACAUCAAGGCUUAAGAACAUUUGCCAAACAUAUGUCCAUGGUAUAGCAAAUACAACAAAGGCAAUAAACUCUUUCACUAUUCCUAUAUUAGCAUAUUCCUCGGCAAAAUAUCUUGUUUCCAUUCCAAUCUGGAAACUUCACAAAGAAAAAUAAGAACUGAAAUGACAAAUUUAGAAAGGACUACUUACACUCAAACACACCGAGAUUAACACUACUGAGGACAGAAGGAGGAAGAGCUAUAACAGAGAUUUUAAAAAUCAACCAACAGUCUGAUAAGAUGUCUAAAGUAUAUAUUUUCAUCAAAAUAAACAGAGUUCAGCACUCCAUGUGAGUAUAUAUAAUUCUGAUAAGAAAUACAGACCAGACAACUUAAAUGAGAGGCCAACUCAGAAAAAUGAAUCAUCACUAUGGAAGAAAACAUUAACGAGUGGAAUGAGUAUGACCCUCCAUGGGAGACAUCCCAAUGAUCUAAGCAGACUAGAUGGUGACAAGGAAGCAUCGAGCACCUGACUGAGAGUUGGAGACCUCAUCCUAGAAACAGAGGGGUUCCUUGCAGAAAUACAGGACAAGGUGGUUAACAAAAUGAUUUAAAAAAUCAAAAAUAAAUGAAAUACAAACAAACAAGGCAGAAAAUGCCAAGAGAAACCAGAGACAAUCCAAUAUAUUCCAGGUUCCUGCAGCAGUUUAACUCCAUCUGAUUAAUUACAAUCAAGUGGCAAAUAUCAUUCACCAAAAUCUUGCUUCAAAAUAAAAACUCAUGAAUUCCCUCUAUCACUUCAUAAAGGCACCAUAAAUUCAAGCCUGAUCCAGUUUUAGAGUUAAAAUCUUACAAACUAUAUGAUAAUCAAUACAUUAUUUCAGAUAGGACAAUCCAUAAUAACCAUCCAGAUAUAAUAUUAUGGGAAAAACAAGCAGGAACAACUCCCUCAAUAGAUAAAACCAUCCCACCACACACGUUCCUCGACCAGUGCAGCACCUCACCACAGGUAUUGUUUGUGUCAUCAGUCAGACAACCGACUUACAUUCUCUGUCAAUCAGCUUCCAAAUGUUGCUACUCUGUCAUUCAUUGCCACGCACCACUGCUGAUUCCCUUCUCCUCAUCCUACGUUCUUACCCUGACAACUCCCAAUGUCAUUCUUCCUCAGCCCAGAGAUUUGUGGGACGAAGAACAUCUCAGGCAGAACUGCAGUCAGCUCGACUUCUUCAGUCUGCAGAAAAGUCAAGGGAAACAUCUUCACCCACAGAGUGGUGUUACAGCAUUAGCAACAAUGCUGAUGCUGAGGAUGUUCUACGAGUCUGCGGUGGCCAGUGCGAUCAUGUUUGCUGUUGUGUGCUGGGGCAGCAGGCUGAUGGCAGCAGACACCAGCAGAAUCAACAAACUCAUUCGUAAGGCCAGUGAUGUUGUGGGGAUGGAACUGGACUCUCUCACGGUGGUGUCUGAAAAGAGGAUGCUGUCCAAGUUGCAUGCCAUCUUGGACAGCGUCUCCCAUCCACUGCAUAAUGUACUGGCUGGGCACAGGAGUACAUUCAGCCAGAGACUCAUUCCACUGAGAUGCAACACUGAGCAUCAUAGGAAGUCAUUCCUGCCUGUGGCCAUCAAACUUUACAACUCCUCCCUUGGAGGGUCAGACACCCUGAGCCAAUAGGCUGGUCCUGGACUUAUUUCUAUCUGGCAUAAUUUGCAUAUUAUUAUUUAAUUAUUUAUGGCUUUAUAUUGCUAUAUUUAUACUCUAUUCUUGGUGCAACUGUAACGAAACCCAGUUUCCCUCCGGAAAAAUGAAGUAUGUCUAGCUAUCUAUCUAUCUAUCUGUCAAUGAAUCUAGAAAUGAGUCAAUGUUUUUUAAACAAACAUAAACAUUUAUUAAACUUUGCUUACAAUAGUGAAAAGUAAAGAAACGACUAACUUAACCAGAAGUAAACUGCUAUACGCAACUCUGGAACAGUUCUUAAAGUGGUAAAUUCUAACACAGUUCUUAAAGUGGUAAAUUCUGAAGUUCAAGUGAUUUACACACUCAAUAAGGAGAGACUUCUCUGGAGACGGAUUUCUUCACAGACAUGACGUUUCUGCUGAUUCUGUCCAAAGGAUUCCUGACAAAGGAAAUAAAAUGGCUUAAAGGAACUGACCUUUUCC